AUGAUCCAGUGGUACGCAUCUUCAGAGCUGCAGUCGCAUCAUGACAAUGCGUUCCGUUCUCGGUUGGCUGGAACAAGAUGCCUUCCCCCGGGUCACGAUGAAGCCAGUUUCCAGCGUGUCGUGAAUGAGUUUCGAGCGAUCAUAGGAGACGAGAACGUCGUAAUUGACGAAGGGCUGGCCAACUUCCGCGACCCAUAUCCCUUAUUCGAAGAGGGAUUUGAGGCGUCUGCUGGACUCUGUCCGUCGACUGUUGAAGAGAUUCAGGCGAUUCUCAAGAUAGCCAACCAACACCACGUUCCUUUGUGGACAUGCUCACAAGGAAAGAACUUCGGAUAUGGCGGCCCUGCCCCUCGAGUCUCAGGAUCUAUGGUGCUUUCUCUCCAUCGGAUGAACCGUAUUUUGGAAGUGAAUGAGAAACUUUCCUACAUUGUAGUUGAGCCCGGUGUCACUUUCUUUGACGUCUUCAACUACAUUGCGGAGAACAAGCUUGAUCUCUGGGUGUCUGUCCCGGCUUUGGGAUGGGGAAGCGUCGUUGGGAACACUCUGGACCGUGGCCACGGUUACACUAUCUCUGGUGACCGUCAGCACUUCAUUGGCAGUCUAGAGGUUCUUUUGGCCUCGGGAGAAAUCCUCCGGACAGGACAAUGGGCCGUGCCUAAUUCCCCUAGCGCACAUGCUUGUCCCAAUAGCUUCGGCCCUCAAAUUGAUGGCCUCUUUCUGCAGAGCAAUCUGGGCAUCGUGACCAAGAUGGCUGUGGCUCUCGACGUGGCGCCUCCGUCUUUCAUGGAUGUCAAAGUUCAUUGUCCCGAGGUUGAAGACAUCGCGCCCCUCAUUGACACCCUCCAGCAGCUGAACCGUGAGGGCAUCACCCAAAGCCACCACAUGAUCACCAACAUCAAUCAUUUUGCCUCGCACGAUGCCCCCAAGCACCAGCAGCAGAGCGUGCCAGGGCCUCUAACACCUGAGAGUAUAGCUGCGUUGAAGAAAAAGUACAAUACCGGGUACUGGCGAUGCUCGGUGUCUUUCUAUGGGCCUAGACAAAUGGUUAUGGCCCGUUGGAGUAGAUUGCAAGAGGUCGUCGCCCAAAGAGUUCCCAACGCUUGGGUUGAGAACACGCUCUUCGAGGGCAAGGAUGGCAAGCCGGUAGACAACAUCCAGAUUGGAACGCUCGCUGCGGGUAUUCCCUCAAUGGGCGCCGUCAAGCUCGCAGAGUAUAAUCUUCCAGCGGAUGGUACAGGGGCGGGAGCUCAUAUCGACACUACACUCAUCCUUCCUUGCGAGGGUGAUACAGUCCUGAAAUGGUUCCGCAAGGCAAGGGCUAUUAUGGAGGAGCAAGGAGUUGAUCCUUUUAUAGGCUGUCACGUCUUCUCAAAGUAUAUCCUGUUUGUUCAGGAAUAUGUCUUUGACAAGUCUAACAAAAACGCACGUGAAGGUGGGCGAAAGGUAGUCAAAGCCUUGCUUGCUGAGGCAGAAUUGAAUGGGUUCGCCAACUAUAGAUCUCAUGUUCAGCACAUGGAUGCUGUUCAAAAUUUGUAUUCGUACAACGGCCACAUUUAUAGGAGAUUCGUCGAGACUCUAAAGGCUGCCGUAGACCCCAAUGGAAUCCUGUCGCCCGGCAAGCAGGGAAUAUGGCCUCUCAAGAACUUGGUUCAUUUACCAUCUCGUGGGGGCUAA